AUGAUGUUUCUCGUACUCCUUUCUGGGUCCACUGAACGUUCGGUCCUCAAACACUUUUAUUGGUUUGAAGCGGACACCAAGAAGUAUCCAGGCGCAAAAUUCGAGAAGACAAGAUGGACUUGUUAUAACACGUGUGAUGGAUCAUCAGGGUCUAACAAGAAUUGCAGCAAAACCAAAGCGGCUUACCCCUUCUCCCCUAAAGACAACUUUUCAAAUUCGAAGAACCUACCAAGUACUUUCCUGAAACACAGAAAGACCUACUACUACCUGUCCAGAAUUGGUUGGGCCUUGUUGUUGGUUGGACUGGCCUUGCUGCUGGCCUUCUUGUUUGUGUCUAUCUGUUCAAUUUGCGUUGGCCUCCAGCCUUUCCUCGCCUUGAUCCUUGGUCUUUCCCUAUUCUUCACGUUGGCAGCUGCAUGUUUGAUAACAGCUGCAUUUGUCAAAGGUCGUAAUGCCUUCCGCAAUGAUGGCAGUAAAACCCAUUUGGGAGUCAAGAUGUUUGGUCUGCUGUGGGGUUCGGUUGCUGCCCUCCUUUUUUCCUUCCUCACGACCUGCGGUUCUUGCAUGUAUGGCCUCACCAAGAAGAAACGGAACACUGCAAAAGACAGCGAGUCUGUCGACUACUAUAAUAAUAGGGAGGCUGCUCCUAUCCCUGCUGGUGAGACUGCAAACACAGGUGCACCUGCCAAACCGGGUACCGGAGGUAUUAAGUUUUUCAAGAUUAGCAGAAAAGAGAAACCAGUUCAAGAGGACUUUGCAACGUCUGAGGAACACGAUUCUGCCGACGAUCGAACUGCUGUCAAAGAGGUUAGUGAUACAACUCCGUACUUGCACAACAAGGAAAAUUUCGUGAAUGCGAUCUAA